AAGUUGAAGAUGUUUCGCCGCCAUGGUCCUGCUGGUUACAAACAUAUGUUGGUGUCGGAUUCUGAAACUGAGUCUGAUGAUAACCUUAGCGCUGUUGCUGUUACUGUUGCUAAGGAUGGAAGAAGACAAAAGGAGGAAGAAGAAGGAGAGAGAGAUCUUUCAACUCACCAACGUCCUACACCAUCAUUCAAGUCCAAACAAACUCUUGAUCCAGAAGCUUUGUUAGAAGUUGCAAAGGAAUAUCAAAAGAAGAUGGAGAAGAAGAGUAUUCCAAGAGAACGGUUAAAGGAGAUGGUGGUUGUGAACUGGAGAGGUUUGGCGAAAACCAUGAAAACGUUGUACGGACAACCUUUGCAUUAUCUAACACAGGAGCUUUGCAAAGAAUGGGAUAAGUCGAGGUUUGGAAGCAAAAACGAAGAGAAGGCAUUGAAUAGUAUAUUUAGUUGGCGUGAGGCUGAAGAGACUGUUUGGAAAGUUGAAGCAGUUCAUAGACUCUGCACUUCGCCUGUUCAUCUUGCACUGCUUUGGCUUCAUGACCCACAAUACCAUCUCAUUGUUGAUGAAGUUAUUUCAACCCCUUCUUCUACUUCUACAAAAUAGUAACUUUUGAGGAAGAAUAAUAUUUCAUAACAUUUUUUUAUGACAUUUUAACAUUGUUUACGUGUCAUUUUAUAAUUAGUCUAUGUUGAUGUUUAUAAUUAUUAUUAUUAA